AUGGAAUAUAAAGCAAAUAAGAAAUUAAAGAUAAUAAUGAUUGGUGAUUAUAAUUCUGGAAAGACAGCAAUAUUUAAUGAAUUCGCAGGUAGAAAAUUUGGUAUUUAUACUUGUCCAUCAACUUUUGAUUUAUUUUAUAAAGAGAUAAUGAUCGAUGAUGAACUUGUUGGAUACCAUUUUUGGGAUACCGCAGGUCAAGAAAGAUUUACCAGUUUAAAUAGACAUUUCUAUCGUAAUGCAAAUUGUUGUGUACUUUGUUUUGAUAUUCAUAAUGAAGAAUCAUUUAAAAAUCUUGAUAAAUGGAUAACGGAAUUACAUUCAAAAUGUUUAGAGAAUGGUUUGGAAAGUGAGAAAUUAUCACCACCAUUUGUUUUAAUAGGUACAAAAAGUGAUAUUCCUAGAACUGAUAAAUCAAUAUCAAAUGAAAGAAUUGAACAAUGGUGUAAAAAUAUUGAAGAUCAAAGGAUUAUAGAUAAAGUUCAUUAUUUUGAAACAUCUGCAAAGAAUUCAAAAAAUAUUAAAGAGCCAUUCAAUAUCAUUUCAAAGUUUGCUUUAAAUUAUUUUAAUUCAAUGCAAAAAUUAAAUGAAUCAAAAUUAAAUCCAACACUGGAAAUAUCAAAUAACAAUAAUAUCAAAUCAUCAAGUUGUUGA